UUGCUAAUUGAUGCUAUGAAGGCUCUAUUUUCAAAAUUGGCAAGCAACCUUUCCUUCUUUUUCGAGAACUUGGGUGUUGCUUAGUCUAGUCAUUAUGUCUGCGUGCUUUCCAUGCCCGUGCCCAAGAUCCCAAACAGGUUGUUCCAGUUGGCACUAAGUAACUUUUCUUGAUGCACAACAGAGAAUGCCCAGAAGUCCAUGUUGGCUCCACCGGCCAUUCAAUACAAGAUUGCAGCGGUCCUCAAAAUGUUAAACGAAGAAGUCAGCAUGUUUGGAUUCACGGAACCAUCAAUGAUGUCCUCAUCCCUAUCGAAUCCUAUCACUUAUUCGAUCCCUUUGGGCAUCGCAUCAAACAUGAAACUCGCUUCAAUUAUGAGCGAAUACCUGCAGUUGUGGAGCUCUGCAUUCAAGCCGGUGUCGAGUUGCCUCAAUACCCUUCCAGAAGACGUUCCGCUCCAGUCAGAAUGCUUGGCAAGAAGAUGAUUGACCGUGGUGGAUUUGUGGAGGAGCCGAAGCCAUGCAGAUCUCAAGAAAUAAUGACCCUGCUUUCUGAGAUUGAUACGUAUGCAGUCCUUAAUAGUCAAUUAAUCUCACCACCCGCUGACACCAGAAAGGCUGCAGAAAGGACUUUGAAGGCUUACAGCACAGUGAGGAGUGGUGUAAGGCAGCUGAUGAGGAAGUAUACCGUAAAGGCAUGCGGGUAUUGCUCGGAGGUCCAUGUUGGACCAUGGGGGCACAAUGCAAAGCUUUGUGGGGCCUUUAAACACCAGUGGAGGGAUGGGAAGCAUGGUUGGCAGGAUGCAACAAUUGAUGAGGUGAUGCCACCAAACUUUGUAUGGCAUAUGAAGGAUCCCAAGGGGCCACCGCCAACUGGUGCUCUCAAGAGGUUCUAUGGGAAGGCUCCAGCUGUGGUAGAGGUUUGUGUGCAGGCUGGUGCAGAGAUACCUGAUGCUUAUAGGCCUAUGAUGAGACUGGAUAUAGUUGUUCCAGAUACUGAAGAAGCAAGGUUGGUGGCAUAAGGCUGAAGUUCUUAAUAAUUUGUCGAAGUGUGGUAUUUUCUAAGCAGAAUGGAGGUCCUCCCUUGCUUACGUUAUGUAUGAUUUGUACAUAUACUUUGUUGCUUGCUUUGGAAACUCAUCUUCAAACUGGUUAUAUUG